AUGUCAUCAUAUCUGUUGGAAAAUAAUGAAACGUUGCUUGAAUGUAAAAAAGAUGCAAAAGAUAAAAGACGACUUGAAAUACUUGAAAAACUAAAAAAAUUAAAAGAAGAAGAGAUUAACAAAAAAGACGAAAUAUAUAUAACAAAAUUAAAUCAGUGUGAUCAAGAAAUUAAAGCAUUGAGAGAAGGAAUUCAUCCCGAAUAUGAGGAAAGAUUACAACAACUUAUUGAGAAACGGGAACAGACACUUGAAAAAAUAAGAUUGCAUAAAAAUUAUAAAAUACAAUGUGUACAAAAAAUGUUUGAUCUUGAAACCCAAUUAGUUGAAGAUAAUUAUUUGGCUGAAAAAAGAGGUUUAAGAGAACAAAUUUUGGCAGACUUGGAAGAACGUAGAAAAAAAAUCAACGAAGAUUUUGAAAGUUACGAUGUUGCAAGUGAUGCAAAUAUAGAGUCUGGUUUACGAUUUCAUCCACAAAGAAGGUUACGUACACGUGUAAAAGAAGAGACAGAAGUAAAAACCAAAAAAACAAAAGUAUCAGAUAUCCUUUAA